AUUACAUUUGAAUGGAUUAUUUAGACAAAAGUGGAUGUACAUUCUAGCACAUAUCCGCCGGUUUUAUUGUGCAGAUCAGCCUUUUACUGCGCCCCCUAAUGUCACUUUCUCUUUAUUACAGCUCAAAAGAUAAAUCCCAUCUGUCAGUGCUGACUGAGGAAAACCAACACUUUAGAUUGUUCUGCAUACAGGCAAGGUGGGCUUUUUUUCCCCGAAUUUCAUUGUCUUGACUGUAUUCAAAUGCCAACUGGGUAAAAGACAAGUUUUCCCAACGUUUGCUCCCGGCUUUGUUAGAAAAGUUGCAAAGGAGCAUCAAAGCCAUGAGGUUGAAUCCACUGCUGCUGCUGUUUUUGACAUCCUUGCAGAAGGCAACCUCGCAGGUGUCUGAAUGGAUCGAAGAGGUCGACUUUAGUGCAGGUGACGCAGAAUGGAUCGGGCAACCAAAUUUCCUGGGUGACAUCUACUGGUCAGGGACAGCCCCGCUUUGUCUGUCCGGUUGCAAGGCGCGCCACCAGGAGCUCAGGCGAGAUCCCUGCGGCGACUCAAGCUGCUGUUGGCUGGGUUACAAGUCCCUGUGCAGAGUGAACUGCGGGAAGCCAGAUGUGGAUUUUAACGGAAUGGUUUCUGGAGAUGACUGGUGGGUGGGAGCUGUACUGAGGUACUCCUGUCGUCCCGGCUUCCUGCUGGUGGGAAACGCCACCAGGACAUGCCAACCUAAUGGCCUGUGGACUCCGAAACCUUCCUGCCUCAGAAUGUGCAAAAAGGGCUCCAUUGAAAUCAGUGAGAGGGAACUCAACGGGACUUGCAACGCCACCUGCACGUAUAAAAGCUACUCUGGUCCUCCCAAGCUAGGCUGCACUCUGAUCCACAACUGCAAGAAGAAGGAGACGGGCUGGAAGCGUUUCUUUGCCCAGUGCGUCCCUUGCAUCUGCGACUGCGCUUCAUCAUGCCUAUCUACAGGCUAGAAAAUAAAAGAAACUGACAGGAGACAUCACCUGAAGAGCAGCAGAUUGGUCGGCUGCUGUAAACGAGCUGCGGCGUCGACACAAGUAACGGUUGAUAUGAAUUGAAUCACUUCCUCCCUUCCUUUCCGUUUUGGACUCUCACGAGGGGACAAUCUUUGGAUUCCUCGACAUAUUCCGAGGGAUAUUGUCCGUUUUUUUUUUAAAGUUUAUUAUUGAUCCGGGAGUGGUUAUGAUUUCAGUGUACAUUAGUGUGUACAAUUUACACUGUGAUUUAUUGGAAGUUAAUGCUCGGCGCACGAGAGGAACGAAACCGUGUAGAUUAGUGGCUCCACCGCUUCGUCCAUCUGUCCAGGAGGGAGCUGAAACCUUAAUCUCAUUGCAAAAGGGAGGAGCGUCACUGCGAGAGCUCGGGAGGGGGGCACAUUUAACACAGAAAAUGAAAUUGCAGACUUUCAUUGAGAUCAACAUUAUGCUGCAGAAAGGGAUGAAGACGUCAAUUGUUUGCGUUGCCGAAUCUUUAUUUUCCGUGACAUUUUUGUACAUAUCAACCCUUAAAGCUGCUGAGGCAUCUGAAUUGCUGCUGAAUUGCUGUCCUCAAACAUAUCACCGACAUUGUCAUCUGUUUAGAAUUGCUUACGGUACGUUGGCUCGCACGUUACCAAUGUUAACCACCAGGCGGUGCUGUUUUCUGUUUAUCUCAAUUUUGCGUCAUCGAUAAAUACAAAAAGAUUUUCUCUCUCUCUCUCUCUCUCUCUCUCUCUCUCAAACGUUUCGGAUGACUUGAAGGUCUCUAACGACUAUUUGGCCCGAGUAGCGAACCUCAGCACAAUGUGUUCGUUUUCGGCCGGCGUGUAGCAGCCAAUUCCUGCGAAAACACACACACACACACACACAAUCACACACACACAAGUAAUAUGUUCGAUUGUAUUAUUCUGAAGGGGG